UCCGUUGAUUGGGAGCGGCUUGUGGUUGCGGCGGUGCUUCCCUCCAGCCGUGCGAUGGACAAUGUGUCCAGUCGCAACUCGGUGGUGGCCACGCGCACGGCGCGUAUCAUGAUGGAGGGCGUCGGGGCGCGCGUGAUGCGCGGCCCCGACUGGAAGUGGUGCAAACAGGACGGCGGCGAAGGCCACGUGGGCACCGUACGCAACUUCGAGUCGUCCGAGGAGGUGGUGGUGGUCUGGGACAACGGGACGGCGGCCAACUACCGCUGCGCUGGCGCCUACGACCUGCGGGUGAUCGACAGCGCGCCCACGGGCAUCAAGCACGAGGGCACCAUCUGUGACACGUGCCGCCAGCAACCCAUCUUCGGCAUCCGCUGGAAGUGCGCCGACUGCUCCAACUACGACCUCUGUUCUGUUUGCUACCACGGCGAACACCACCUGCGCCACCGCUUCUACCGCAUCACAGCCCCCGGCUCUGAGAGGGUGCUGGUGGAGCCGCGUCGCAAGAGUAAGAAGACCUCUGUGCGCGGCAUCCCCGGCGGCCGCGUGGUGCGCGGCGUCGACUGGCAGUGGGAGGACCAGGACGGCGGCAACGGAAGGAGGGGCAAGGUGACGGAAAUCCAGGACUGGUCAGCGGCCAGCCCCCGGUCUGCCGCCUACGUCAUCUGGGACAACGGCCAGAAGAACCUGUACCGGGUCGGCUUCGAGGGAAUGGCGGACCUGAAGGUAGUCAACGACGCCAAGGGUGGCACCGUGUACCGGGACCACCUGCCGCUGCUGGGGGAGCAGGGGCCGGGUCGCAGCGCCGGCCACGGCUGGAGCAUCGGCGACCAGGUGAACGUGGACCUGGACCUGGACAUCGUGCAGUCGCUGCAGUACGGCCACGGCGGCUGGACGGACGGCAUGUUCGAGUGCCUCGGCACGGCCGGCACCGUCGUCGGCAUCGACGAGGACCACGACAUCGUCGUCUCCUACCCGAGCGGUAACAGGUGGACGUUCAACCCGUGCGCGCUGAACAAGGUGUCGAGCGCCAGCGGCUCGGCGGGGGACGCCGGCACCAGCCAGUUCGCCGUCGGUGACCUGGUGCAGAUCCACAGUGACCUGGAGCGGAUCAAGGUGCUGCAGCGGGGCCACGGCGAGUGGGCCGAGGCCAUGCUGCCGACUCUGGGGAACAUCGGGCGCGUGCAGCAGAUCUACCACGACAACGACCUGAAGGUGGAGGUGUGCGGCACCUCGUGGACGUACAACCCGCUGGCCGUCACCAAAGUGGCGUCCGAGGGCUCGGUGGCCGCCUCUUCCAGCGGCGAGCGUCUGACAGCGCUGCUGAAGAAGCUGUUCGACUCGCAAGUGUCGGGCGACGUCAACGAGGAGCUGGUGAAGGCGGCCGCCAACGGCGACAUCCAGAAGUGUGAGGAGAUCCUGAAGCGGCCGGACGCGUCCCGGGACGGCGUGUUCGCCGGCCACACGGCCCUGCACGCCGCCUCGCAGAACGGCCACCAGGAGGUCAUCAAGCUGCUCCUGCUGCACAAGGUCGACACCGAGAUCGAGGACAAGGACGGAGACCGGGCGGUGCACCACGCGGCGCACGGCGACGAGCCGGCGGUGAUGGUGCAGCUCAUACAGGCCGGCGCCGACCCAAACGCGCGCAACAAGCGCCGCCAGACGGCGCUGCACAUCGCCGUCAACAAGGGCCUCUACAACUUGGUGCAGACGCUGCUGGAGAACGGCUGCCACCCCAGUCUGCAGGACCUGGACGGUGACACGGCGCUGCACGACGCCAUCAGCAAGAAGCGGGACGACAUGGUGGCGCUGCUGCUGGAGCACAGCGCCGACAUCACGCUCACCAACAACAACGGCUUCAACGCGCUGCACCACGCGGCCCUGCGCGGCAACCCGAGUGCGAUGCGGGUGCUGCUCUCGAAGCUGUCGCGGCCGUGGCUGGUGGACGAGAAGAAGGACGACGGCUACACGGCACUCCAUCUGGCCGCGCUCAACAGUCACGUGGAGGUGGCCGAGCUGCUCGUGCUGCAGGGCAAGGCCAACAUGGACCUGCAGAACGUCAACCUUCAGACGGCCCUGCACCUGGCCGUGGAGAGGCAGCACGUCCAAAUCGUCCGGCUGCUGGUGAGCAAGGGAUGUAACCUGAACGUGCAAGACAAGGAUGGCGACACGCCGCUGCACGAGGCACUGCGGCACCACACGCUGUCGCAGCUGCGCCAGCUGCAGGAUAUGCCGGACGUCAGCGUCAGCAAGUUGGUAAUGGGCCUGGGCAGCCAGGGCUCCGAAAAGAAGUCCUCCGCGUCCAUCGCUUGCUUCCUGGCGGCCAACGGGGCCGACUUGACCAUCAAGAACAAGAAGGGUCAGACGCCCCUGGACCUGUGUCCUGACCCCAACCUCAGCAAGGCGCUGGCCAAGUGUUACCGCGAGAAGUCCGUCGAGGCCACGGAGCGGGUGAUGACUUCGAGCCGCGGCGGCGCGGCGGGCGGCGGCGACGCGGCCGGUCCGGACGUGGCCGAGGAAUGCAUGGUGUGCUCCGACAACAAGCGCGACGUCCUCUUCCAACCUUGCGCACAUGUCUGCACCUGCGCCAGCUGCGCCGACCGCGUCAAGAAGUGCCUCAUCUGCCGGCGGGAGGUGCUCAGCCACGUGGAGCUGGAGGACUGCAUCAUCUGCUCGGACAAGCGGGCCUCGGUGCUGUUCCGGCCGUGCGGCCACAUGGUGGCCUGCCACUCGUGCGCCAGCCUGAUGAAGAAGUGCGUGCAGUGCCGGGCGCCGGUGGAGGCGCGCCUCCCCCUCGCCGUCUGCUGCGGACUCGAAGCCCCCGACAGCGGGGGCGACCUGAGCGACUCGGACCUGGGCGCCACUGGCGGCGCUCCCAGCAACAACACGGCGGCGGCGGCGGCGGCAGCAGCGGCGGCGGCUGCCGCGGCCGCAGCAGCAGCGGCCGCCGCCGCUGGGCCCACCCGCAUGGCCACCUCCAGCACGGGCGCACAGCGGCCCAUGAACAACCACUCGGACGUGCAGAAGCUGCAGCAGCAGCUGCAGGACAUCAAGGAGCAGACCAUGUGCCCGGUGUGCCUGGAUCGGCUGAAGAACAUGAUAUUCCUCUGUGGCCACGGCACGUGCCAGAUGUGUGGCGACCGCAUGCAGGAGUGCCCCAUCUGCCGCAAACCCGUGGAGAAGAGAAUCCUGCUCUACUGCUAGGCCACAGCGCAUAGAAACCCGUGGAGAGACCAAUUCUGCUCGACCGCUAGGCCACAGCGUAUGGAAACCGGUGAAGCGAAUUCCACCGUGCCGUUAGACCACAACGCUCUACUGGGGGUGGAGCGUGAAGUCCUUGUCUACUGCCAGGCCGUAGCUCAGCGCAGCGGGUGGAGGAGCGGAUCCUGGUAUGCGGCUUGGCCAGAGGAUGCCGCAACCCGGGGAAAAGCGGAUCGUGGUCUUUCGUUUGGCAGCAGUGCGCCUCAGUCCGUGGGAGGAGACGAUCGACUGAACCGGUGCGACCACAUUGCGUCCGGAAUCGAUCUGUGCUGUGCGGUAUCAGCUGGCGUGCAGAGUGGUCCGGUUUUCUGUCAUUUUGUAUACCAUACCCAGCUUUGUGGUGUUGGAGCGGACGUGUUUGUGGCCCGCGCGUCCCCACCCUGUGGCUCACCGCCUGACAUCGGAGGGCAAGGGGGGGGGGAUUAGCUCCCCCCCCCUUCCUCCUCCCCCGGAAGCGACAUCGGCUGAACAUUGGCGGCUAUUUGCUGCCGGUUGGCUGCCGCAGUGUUGAGGCGCGCACAUUCAUAUUUCAUUAGAGACAUUGCCGGUGCGUUAGCCGAGCCAGGUUGUAGAGAACCAGACACCGUGGCUACAGUAUUUCUUCCAUUGCCGGAUGUCCUUUUGAAGACACAGUACGACAAGAUAUUUACAAGAUUUCGCAUUAUGAGCAUGCUGCCGUAGUAAAGACAGGCAUUAGCAUGCCAUACCAUUGGUGGGUUCAUCUGACUGAACCGGUAGAAAGAAAACGGUCUGUGCUGACACUUUUUGCCGUGGUGAUGCGCGUCCAUGUUCUGUGCCAGUUGUCCAUUCGGUUCGGGAUGUGUUCCCACCUAUGUAAUUUGCACGCUCUUUAGAUGACGUAUUUCCCGCGGACUCCCGAACGCUUCCAAAUGCGGGUGGGGAGUGAGUUCGAACCUCACUCAGUCGAAGUUUUUCCUAUGCAGCGCCCCUUGUGAAGUCGAUAUAAAUUGCGGCCACAGGUAAGCCUACCAGGUGUGGUAUAUCGCUCCCUGUUCUCUGGCGGCGUGUCAGCGAUACCAAUUCGUCCUGUUAUGAGUGUUGCAUGAUAGUGUAAAGGUAUUGCGUAGCCCAGCCCCUUUGUGUGCAAACCCCUCUCGUUUCCUUACGCGAAGCAUGUUCGUUUAAGAAGACGAGACUGCAUCUGACGUUGCAGAACUCCUACGCCACCGAUGUGGUGCAGCGGUAGGGGAGACCAAUUUUUCACUCGUCAUACGUGUAUUGGAAUAUAUGAUCUGACGCACACUGAUAUAGGUUGAAAAUGUGAUCGCUUGUCCAUUGUGCAAACAUUGAAGUGUGCAUGCUAUAGACUGUAACGACGUUGAACCCAUAAUAAAUUGGUUUAAUUUUU